AUGUCUGAGCCCGUCCUCUCGCAGCGCUACGCACAGCAGCAGACGCCCUUUGCGUUCCACCCGCCCCCGCACUCCCCUUCCCAGCCCGUUCCCACCUCCCUGUCUCCGCGGCCCUCCUCGUCCUACUCGUCCUCUUCGUACAACAGCCUCGGCCACGGCCACGAUGUGUACCAACAAGCACACUCGCGCAUUUCUAAUGACUCGGGAACGACCGUGACUCCGUCUAGCUGGCCGGGCAAGGUCGAGCUGCUUCAUCACGCCGCGUCGUUCUCCGGGCCCACGUCCUCGGGUUCAGACGUGGCUCCCGUUUCGCCUAUCUACGCGGGAAGCGUGAGCUCGGACACGUCUGGUCUUGGCAGCGGUAGCCCGACACUGCCUCCACUCCGCGGGACACCUGGCGCGCAACGCCCGGGGGGAACGCAGAAUCUCGCGACGAGCGCGCAGGGUCAGGUUCAGCGGGGCUCGAACGGCAAGACCUAUUCAUUUGUGAGUCUCCCGGGGAACGCGGUCAAGAAGCGGCCACGUCGGAGGUACGAUGAGAUUGAGCGGUUGUAUCAUUGCAGGCGCGUCUGGCCGAACUGCACAAAGGCGUACGGGACGCUGAACCACCUCAACGCGCACGUCACGAUGCAGAAGCAUGGUCAAAAGCGCAGCCCGGGCGAGUUCAAGGAGCUCAGAAAACAAUGGCGUCAGGCAAAGAAAGAGGCAGAG